AUGGGGAGACAGAGCGCCUCCGAAGUUCUCUUCAUCACCCUGAGCCACAACAUCACGAUCGUAGGGAAAAUCUGGCUGGUCCUGAUGAUCCUUCUGCGGGUCCUAGUUCUUCUGUUGGCGGGAUACCCUCUUUACCAGGACGAACAGGAGCGCUUUGUCUGCAACACCAUCCAGCCGGGCUGCGCCAACGUAUGCUACGACAUCUUCGCCCCCGUCUCCCUCUUCAGGUUCUGGCUGGCCCAGACCAUCUCCGUCUGCCUGCCCUCCGCCAUUUUCGUGGUCCACGUGGCCCACAAAGUGCUGUCCGGGCUCGCGGCGGAGGGGUGCGCAAUGAGUCGAACGAAGGCGGGACCCCUGUUUAAGGCCUCGCUGGGCAAAGCCGCCGUGCGGGCGGAGCAGGGCAGGAUCCGCAGCUUCACGGCGGCCUACGUGCUCCACGUGCUCCUGCGGAUCUUCUUCGAGGCCGGCUUCGGCGCGGUGCACUACUACCUGUUCGGCUUCCGCGUCCCCAAGCGGUUCCUGUGCCACCACGCCCCCUGCACCACCACGGUGGACUGCUACGUCUCCCGGCCCACGGAGAAGACCGUCAUGCUCAACUUCAUGCUGGGCGCCAGCGCCCUCUUCGUCCUGCUCAACUUUGCCGACCUGAUCUGUGCCGCCAGGCGCUCGGUCCGGCAGAGGGGCAAGAGCAAGGUGCUGGUGGAGAAGGUGUAUGAGGAGGAGCAGUACUACCUCACGCCCAGCAGCCGGAGCGCGGACGCAAACCCGCUCGCCCGCGAGCUCGUGGUCUCCUCCGCCUUCCGCAAGAGGGGGGCCAGCAAGUCCAGCACGGACGAGGCCGCCUCCGUGCACCUGGGGGGGGGGGACCGCCCGGCCCCUCCCCGUGACAGCCGCCCCCCGCCGCCGCCGUCCAACACCAACGGCAACAACAUGUACACCCAGGACCCGGAGGACGGGCAGGAGCGGGACGGCAGCGAGGUGCCGCUGUGCGCCUCCGCCGUCACCGCUGCCGACAGCACCAAGGGGACGCCGCGGCCCAUCCGCGUGUGGAAACACGGCCGGGUGAAGCCGCCCCCUCCGCCGCGGAGAGACCUGGGCCCUGCGGGGGGGCCGGACCCCGUCCCCGCCUCUGAGCUCUGCGGGAGGAGGGUGGGCCAGUACACGCUGGUAGAGGUGACCUCUGACCUGCAGUCAAGCAGCAGCGACGCGCAAGAGAAGAGAUCGGAGUGGGUGUGA